AUGUUACACCAGGCAUCGUCGAAUAGAGCUGCAUCUUCAGCUUUGCCGAAUCCAAGACAACAAGUCUCAUCGCUGAAUGCUAUCAACAGUGGCGUCCACAUUACGGCUAUUCUAUUGGCUACAGCAAGGAUUCGGGUAAAGGACAAUCAAGGAACAUUCAUUCUUUUGCGUGCAUUGGUCGAUCAAAGGUCCCAGCGUUCGUUCAUCAGUGAAGCUGCGGCGCAACUCUUACGGCUACCACGUCAAGCGACAAAUCUGACAAUCAGCGGCAUCGGGAGUCAUUCAACGAGCAGCAAGGGAGCGAUAUCUGCUCAAUGCAAAGAGAAAUGGUCGACAAGGUGUUUCAAUUUAUCUCUUGUCAUAGUAAACCAUAUAACGGACAAGAUUCCUCAGUCCAAGACACCAUGCAAGAUAACUGAAUUGAGACAGGAGGACUUAGCUGAUUCAUCGUAUAACAUUCCGGGGAAGAUCGACGUCCUCCUGGGUGCUGACGUUUAUGGCGAUCUAUUGGAAAAGGGCGUAAUCCGGAUGAAGAAUACCAAAGUUUUGGCUCAAAAAACCAAAAUCGGUUGGAUCCUGUCCGGGCCUGUCAACCAAGUAAUACGAGCAUCAGAACCUUCCAUCAGUAUGGUUAGCAUUGAACAGCUAGAUGCUGAUAUACGAAAAUUAUGGGAACAGGAAGAGUUACCACAAGAGCGAAUCCUCACCCUAGAGGAAGCAGACUGCGAGAGGCAGUUCAUCCGAACUACUAAGAGGGAUCCAAAGUCAGGCCGAUACAUAGUCAGGCUGCCGAUUAAGCCUGAUAUGAACCCCUCCAUCCUGCUGCAUCCGUCAUUAAAAGACACUGUCAUACGCCUCCGCCAGACAGAGGCAAAACUCGAACGGAAUCCAGAGCUCAAAGCGCAGUACAAUGCAUUCCUAAGGGAAUAUCUGGAAUUGGGACAUAUGAGCGAGGUCCCAUCCACAGAAAUUUUUUGCAAACACUCAUAUUACUUGCCACAUCAUGCUGUAGUUAGAGAGGACAGCACAACUACGAAAGUUCGCGUCGUAUUCAAUGCGUCCCUUAAAACUUCCUGCGGCACCUCGUUGAACGGUAUCCUAAUGGUGGGACCAAAUACGCAAUACACCAUCUUUGAAAUAUUGCUGCGGUGGAGGAGGCAUAAAUACGCAUUGGCUGCUGACAUUGAGAAGAUGUACCGACAGAUACUCGUGGACAGUCGAGACUGCGACUUACUGCGAAUUGUUUGGAGACCAGAACCCCAGGGUCCAAUAAAGCACUACCGGCUAAAGACAGUAACUUAUGGCACCGCCAGUGCUCCCUUCCAAGCAACACGUACCCUACAACAGGUCGCUGAAGACGAGCAAUUCACGUCACCAUCAGCAAGUGAAAGCAUCAAAAAGGACUUCUAUGUAGAUGACUUGCUGACCGGAUCCUCGACCAUAGAAGGUGCAGCAAAAUUUGCUGGAUUUAACAUUCGAAAAUGGUCCACGAAUUAUGAGGAGGUUCUGAAACAUGUAAGCACCGCUGACCGGGAAACGUCUGACGUAGUCAACAUCAAUCUAGAAAACACCGUCAAGACAUUGGGUUUGCAAUGGAUUCCUAAAGACGACAUAUUCACCUUUAAAGUGAAACUGCCUCAUAUCUCAGCGAACGAGCCAGUUACGAAACGAAUAAUUACAUCCAAUGCUGCAAGAUUAUUCGAUCCGCUUGGUUGGAUCCAGCCCAUCAUAAUAGUUAGCAAGAUAUUUAUCCAAAGGUUGUGGCUACAGAAACUGGAUUGGGAUAAGCCCGUACCUGACCAGUUGAAAAUCGAGUGGCUGACCUACAUGAAGGAAUGGCCAGCGUUAUCACAACUUCAAAUACCACGAUACAUACAGACGUCUGAUCGCUGGAAGGUAGAACUCCAUGGUUUCUGCGACGCGUCAAUGGCAGCUUUUGCAGCGGUGAUUUACGUUCGAGUAAUACAUCCAGAUGGCACGCUAUCUACGAACAUAUUAACAGCGAAAUCGAAAGUGGCACCUUUAAAAGUACAGUCAGUGCCCCGGCUAGAAUUGAACGGUGCCGUCCUACUAUGCAGAUUGAUGAAACACGUGAAGCAAGCUUGCGAAUUCCUUGCCGACACAGCUGAAUUUUACUGGACGGAUUCAACCAUUGUUCUCGCUUGGUUGAGUGAUCACCCAGCCAGGUGGAAAACGUUCGUGGCAAAUAGGGUGAGCGAAAUACAGGCUACGAGCAACUCUAGUCAAUGGAGACACGUCGAUACAGAGUGGAACCCGGCAGACAUAGCGUCACGGGGAGUGACUGCUUCUCAACUCCUCAAAAGCGAUUUGUGGUGGAACGGACCCGAGUGGCUGCAACACAAACCAAUCAACUACUCGUCAAAGGCAAUCGACAUUACCACGACACUCGAGAGGAAGCCUGAGACCUCUUGCAAAGUUGCGAAGGUUGCGAAGUUCACGUUCGACGAUAGUAUACUGGGGAGGUACUCUGACUUCGCAAAACUGAUUAGAAUUGUGGCAUAUUGCCUUCGCUUUAAGUCACCAACUAUUGCGAAACCUGCAACCCUGACAACUUCAGAACUCAACAAUGCUGAAAUGGCAUGUGUACGGCUAUCACAAGCAUUAUCUUUCAAAGAUGAGAUAGAAAGGUUGGACAAGGGACAACCAGUUCCAGCCACUUCAAAAUUAUUCCAGCUGACACCGUUCACUGAUGCUGAGGGGAUCCUCAGGGUGGGCGGAAGACUGCGACACUCACUAUUAUCGGACGAUCGUAAGCAUCCAGUGAUUCUAAGUCCUGUCUGCAAGUUGUCCGAAUUGAUCGUAAGAGCAUACCAUUUGCGCACUUUGCAUGGAGGCAAUCAAGUAACCCAAGCAGCAAUCAGAAGACAGUACUGGAUAUUGCAGUCUUCGAAAUUGGUAAAAACAUGCAUCCACAAAUGCAUAACCUGUUUUAAAUCAAACGCAAAGCCAGGAGAACAGUUAAUGGGAGCGUUACCUGAAGCACGAGUCACCCCUGGAAGAGCCUUCAAAACCUGCGGACUGGAUUUUGCCGGACCAAUACAACUAAAAUGGUCAUCGGGCAGAGGCGCUAAAACGAUGAAAUCCUAUAUAGCCCUCUUUAUCUGCUUGAAGACCAAAGCCAUUCACUUGGAGGUUGUGAGUGAUCUCUCUGGACAAGCGUGUCUUGCAGCAAUCAAACGAUUUGUGUCCCGGCGCGGUUUGUGCUCGGAUUUGUAUUCUGAUUGUGGUACAAAUUUCGUAGCAGCCAGUAAAGAAAUAAAACACCAGUUCAUACAGAUGAUGAAAACAGUUCAGUCCACGGUAGCUAACGACAAAAUCACCUGGCACUUCAUACCCCCGAGCAGUCCUCAUUUCGGAGGAUUAUGGGAAGCUGGGGUGAAGUCAGUCAAACUGCACCUGCAGAAAGUAAUCGGUGACAGCUUGUUAACAAUGGAGGAAAUGUACACGGUUCUCACCCAGAUCGAAGCAGUUCUUAAUAGUCGGCCUCUCAUGCCCAUCAGCGACGAUGUUAAUGAUCUGGAAGCACUCACUCCCGCGCAUUUUUUGAUUGGCGAACCACUCAUAUCAAUCCCGCAAGAAACCCCGAACGAAGAAUUAAACCUGCUGAAAAAAUGGAAGCUGACACAGCAAAUUGUAAAACAAUUUUGGAACCGGUGGUCAGACGAGUUCAUCUCAAGGUUGCAACAAAGGCCAAAAUGGAUGAAGACAAAGCCAAACCUGGAACCCGGACAACUGGUAUUGGUCAAGAGCGAGAGUUAUCCUCCAUCAAAGUGGCCAUUAGCUCGUAUCACUGAGGUUCAUCCUGGUGCAGACGGUCUAGUUCGCGUAGCAACAAUUAAAUUACAUGGCCGUAUUACCAAGAGACCCAUCGUCAAGUUAGCGGCUCUACCUAUUGAAGACCACCAUCCAGUGAGCAUUCCAGAGGGCUCUAACGAAAAUGAACAUGCCUCCGCGAACAAACAGGACAGUCAACCCACUAAAGUCAACCGGAAACGAAGAUUUCAGCCAACAAUUACAAGAGUGAAAUCAAACGAUGCAACUUCCGCUUCCCACCACAAAAUAAUACGACAUACCGUGAACAAGUGA